AAAAAGGGAAAGAAAAAGGGAAAAUUGGUAGAGGCCUCGAGGUGGGGGAUCGCCGGGAGGGAAGCAGAGGGAUAAAACCCAAAAGCAGGCGCGAGCCCCGCUAACAUUUUUAGUUUUUGGCUUCUAAAAUUUUUUGAAACCCCGCUUCUUCUCCCCGCCCUCUACUAGAUUUCAUUUGCCACUUCCUCAAAACUAACCCAAUUUUCCCGAUCCCAUCUCUGUUUCUCUUUCCAUCUACGCGCUUUCACUUUCCAAACCCCUUCUCUUCCUUCUGCUACUAAUUCCCCUUCUUUCUUCCCCCACCCUUUCUAGGGUUUCUCCCCAAUUCACAAUCCCCUUCCACUCUCAGCCCUCUACUCUUCUCUACCUACAAUUCCCAGGUUUUGUCUUCUUUCCAACUUCUAUGGCGUCUCUGAACAUAGAGGACAAGAAAGCAGGUGACGGAGCUCCUGUCGGGGAGAAAAAGAAACUCGAAGGGAAGCAAGACAGCAAGGAUGAAGAUGCUUCCCGAGGCCGGAAGCUGGAAAAAGAAAAGACUGACAUAGCUGAUAAAGAGGAAGCUACUAGCGAAGAGGUAAAUGGUGAUGCUAAACCCGGUGAGAGUAAGGAGGAUGAGGAGGAUAAAGCUGACCCGGAAAUUCAAGAAGAAGGUGAGGAACAGGGCACUGCUGAAAAUGAUGAAGCCGAAGAAACAAAUUCUGACAAGAAAGAGGAAGAAAGCGCAGAGGAGGACGAUAAAGGUGACAACGAGGUUGAAACUGAAGGCGAAGGUGAAGAGGAAGAAAGCGAGGUUUCGAAGAAGGGAUCAAAGGUCGAUGCUAAGAAGGAUAGAAAUGCGUCUGUGAAAUCAAGAAAAAAUUCUGCAGAAAAGAAAGGAAAAAAAGAUUCCAGUUUGAAGGAGCCGGUCACCCCAACCAUUGAGAGGCCAGCCAGGGAGAGAAAGACAGUUGAGCGGUAUUCCGUGCCAUCGCCAGGGAGGUUGGGAAGGUCUUCUGCAAGCAAAACUCUCUCAAUUGAAAAGGGCCGCGGCACUACGCUGAAGGAUAUUCCGAACGUGGCUUUCAAAUUGUCAAAGAGAAAAGCUGAUGACAAUCUGCAACUACUUCAUACAAUUCUGUUUGGAAAGAAAGCAAAGGCUCAAACCUUGAAAAGGAAUAUAAGCCAGUUUUCGGGUUAUGUUUGGGUAGAGAAUGAGGAAAAACAAAGGACGAAGGUAAAGGAGAAGCUUGAUAAGUGUGUGAAAGAAAAAUUGGUGGAUUUUUGUGACGUGUUAAAUAUCCCAAUAAAUAAAGCUAGUGUAAAGAAGGAGGAGCUCUCAGCAAAGUUGUUAGAAUUUUUGGAGUCACCACAUGCUACAACUGAUGUUUUGCUGGCUGACAAGGAGCAGAAAGUCAAAAAGCGACGGAGGGCCAGUUCAGGCAAGACAGUUGGUUCUGGAGAAUCUGCAGAAGUGCCUGCUAAGAAACAAAAAUCUCAGCCUACAAAGAAGAGAAAACAUACCUCGGAGGUUGAGGAAGAAGAAGAGGAUAAAGUUGAAACCUCAAAUGAGAAGGAUGAUUCCCAUGAUAAAGAAGAUGACGAUGAUGAUGCAACUGCCUCAAAAGAAGAAAUUGAUGAAAAAGAUAAAUCAGAUGAGGAUGAUAAGACACUGGAAAAAAUGCCUAGUCCAAAAAAGUCAUCUAAGAAGGCUGGAAAAGAUGAUUCUGGUUCUAAAUCUGUUGAAAAAUCUUCUUCAAAGAAAGCAGCUGUAAAAUCUGCUAAAGAAGCUGCAAAAUCAACAAAGAAAUCAUCUAAUUCGACUUCAAAAAAGGAUGCUGUCAAAUCUGCUGCCUCACCAUCAAAGCCAAAGGGCACGCCAAAAAAGCAAAAAGUGGAGGAAAAGAAGCCCGUGAAGGAAAAACCUUCAGGCAAGAAACAAACAAGCAAAGCCCCUGCAAAGAUUUCUGUGGAAGAACAAGGUAAGGGAAAAAGUAGCAAGAAAGUUAAGAAAGAACCCAGUAGGGAGGAGAUGCAUGAAGUUGUAGUUAAUAUUCUGAAGCAAGUUGAUUUCAAUACUGCAACUUUGUCUGACAUUCUCAGGCAACUUGGUACCCACUUCGGUGUGGAUUUAAUGCAUAGGAAAGCAGAGGUGAAGGAUAUUAUCACAGAUGUGAUAAAUAACAUGAGUGAUGAAGAAGAGGAAGCUGAUGAUGGUGGUGAUGAUACGGACAAAGAUGAGGACAAGGAUGAGGAUGCUUAACUUGUUUAAUGUAUCCUUACUUUUCUAUAGCCCUGGCAGAAGAUGAUAGAACACAUUCCUGAAUGAUCAUCACUUCAUGAUCUCCAUCAGCAGUUUGAAUGUUACAGUAAAUGUUUAGAUAUCUCUGGCACGGUCUGUAUAAUGUACCAUAUAGAUUUAACAUUUUUGUAUGGUAACUUGUUAGCCUAGUCCCAUUUUUUCCCUUUCCCCACAAACUAAUUGUAUUUUAGGCCCCCCUCCCUAGACAAGUAGUUAGAUGAUUACGUCUUAAUGGAACAAGGUUUAAAAUAUUAGAUUGCAAAGCUGAUUAUGAUGAAUUCCUCUAUCUUGGUUGCA